GCCGUCGCCGCCCUCCUCCUUCGCCCCCGCGCUAUUGCUUGCUAGUUUAUGAUUAUCCCAACCAAACUCUAAUGAUACCCCCCUCCACCCACAAAAUCCCUAUACAAAUACCACCCAGCAAAUAGAUAGCCCUCCCGAGAGGGCAGAGAAGAAGCCCACGCCAGCCAGCGCCAAAAGCAGCUGCCGAUACCACUGCCGCUGCUGCUGCACAACAGCCCAGCAGGAGAGGGGGAGAGAGAGAGCGAGGAGAGAGGGCGGCGGCGGCUAGCUAGCUUGGUCGCUCAUGCAGGGCGCGUACCGCUCUUCCAGCGAGGAGUCGGCGGCGUCGCCAGCGGCUUCCGCGGCGGCAGCGGCGGCAGCGGCAGCCAUGGCCCCGCUGGCGGCGGCGGCGGCAGCCGCGGUGAAGAUGGAGGAGCAGGCGGCGGCGGCGCUGGCGGCCGGCGCGCAGGCGCCGGCGCCGCUCCAGCAGAUGCAGCUGCGGCGGCAGUACCGCGGCGUGCGCAUGCGCAAGUGGGGCAAGUGGGUGGCGGAGAUCCGGGAGCCGCACAAGCGCACGCGCAUCUGGCUGGGCUCCUACGCCACGCCCGUCGCGGCGGCGCGCGCCUACGACACGGCCGUGUUCUACCUGCGCGGCCGGUCGGCGCGGCUCAACUUCCCCGACGAGAUCCCCGCGCUGGCGCUGGCGGAGGGCGACGGGGACCCCGCGCGCGGCGGCGAGCCCGACGGCGGCACGCUGUCCGCGGCGUCGAUCCGGAAGAAGGCCAUCGAGGUGGGGUUGCGCGUGGACGCGCUGCAGACCGGCAUGAUGGUCGCGCCGCCGCACCCACGCGAGCGCCAGAGGCACCACCACCACCACCACCACCACCACGGCCACGGCCUCCCGCAGCUGCAGCUGCACGCCGAGGACGAGCACCGCCGGCAGGAGCAGAAGCAGCAGCAGCGCGCGGCCUGGAGCGGGCGCGCCAAGAACCCGGAUCUCAACCGGGCGCCCAGCCCCGAGAGCUCCGACGCCGAGUGAAGCAGGCAGGCAGGCAGGCGCGCGAGCGAGCGAGCACCGCAAGACUCAACUCAACGACGACGCUGUUCAUCCCUCCUCCACUCCCGCCCCGCGACGCCAUCAAGGGUGGUCUCCGUCGUCCCCGCGUAUGAUCCGGCUCGGCCGCCUACCUACCUGCCCGUCCAUCUCCCUCUCCGUCCCCCGUGGCGGGCGGGCGGGGUCGGUCGGCGGGGCGGAAGGGUUUUCGAUCGGUACGUUGUGGAUAAGCACGAGGGAGGCAGCUGGCUGGCUGGGCCGGGUGGGCGGCGUGGGCAGGCGGCCGGGCGGGGACGGAGGCGGCCGGCCACAAGUGGCGGCCUUUCCGAAGGUCAGAAAGGACAGCUGUAACAGUGAUAACAAAAACAAGUCAUCAUCCAUCGUCUCCCUCACAGAGCAUCUCCUCUCUUGUGUUUCCAAGUAGAUAAGCAGCAGCGAUUCAUUAGCACUCCACUACGCUGAUUAAAGAUUAAUCAAGUCGGAUCGGGCCUCGCAUCCCCCCUCCCUCCCCCGCUUUUCUUUAAUCCUUUUAUUACCGCGGUGCCGCCUGUAUCUUCUGCAUCCCGAUCGUAAACUAAUCGCCCCUGCCCCCGCCUUGGCAUGAUCCA